AUGUUGAAUUUAUGUAUUGCUGCUGCAUGUAAACUUCAGAUGGUGAAUUCAAUGAUGUCUGACUUCGGUGCAAUUUCAUUGUUUUUUUACCUAUCUCCAGUGAGAUCACAAGUUCUAGAAGAAGUAAUUUCGAAAGUUUGUCCAGAUGCACAACAUAAGGUUAUUUUGAAUGUUUGUCGAACAAGAUGGAUUGGCAGGUUGGAUGCGCUCGACUCUUUCGUUGAUUUGUUUUCAGCAAAAACACUCGGAUACACAAGAGGGUUGACAGUAAAACUACAAAGCAGUACAACAGACCUGAUACAAGCUUCCGAAGAAGUGUCAUUGCUCCACCAAACCAUCAAGUUUAUACGAUCCCACAUGGACACUUACUUCGAUCAAUGGUACGGAAAGGCAUUGGAGUUGGCCAACGAGAUUGAAGUUGCAGAAAAAAUCAAACGUCGUUGCAGCACUCAAAUUUAUCGUGAAAACUAUGUUUCGGAUGGUCCCAAGGAGUACUAUAAACGAGCUCUCGCCAUACCGUUCUUAGACCACAUCAUUCAGCAGUUAGAAAUUCGAUUCACAAGUCUUACGAUCUUUAGUGGUUUCGGUAUUAUGCCUAAUUAUAUAUUUUCUGAUGAAGGGAAAAUGGAGGAAUUAGCGGAUGAACCUAACUGGAAGGUUAAGGUUAAAGAAUUCGUGCGAUUGUUUGCGAGUGAUAUUCCGGCCCAAAGUAACAUAUACGCCCAGUUGGAUAUGUGGGAGAUAUUUUGGAGAAACUAUCAAGGUGCUCUACCAACAGAUAUUACCUCUUUAAUCAAAAGCACAAGUAGGCAAACAUUUCCAUCGAUCCAUGAAGUUUUGAGAAUUCUGGCUACAAUUCCUGUAACCUCGUGCACUUGCGAGAGAAGUAUCUCUGGGCUAAGGCGUUUACAAACUUGGAUGCGAAACACGAUGUCAGAGGAAAGGUUGAGCAGCCUAGCAGUUAUUAUGUUCAACAGGUCAAUCACUGUGAACUCCGAUGAAAUAAUAGAUGAGUUUGCUGCACGGAAUAAGAGACGAAUGGCUUUUUCGAACACACUUGCUGAUUGA